AUGGAUUCGGCAAUAGAAACUCUUCGAGUUGAAUUCGAAAAAGCUUGUGCAGAACUAAGUUUUAUUGAAGCCAAGGUUGAAUCUGAAUUUACCCGAAAAUUUGAACUCGAACGCCAUGCUCCCUUAAAUCCAUACAAAGCUUUAACGCGGCUAAAGAAAUUAAAGCAAACUUUGCAAGCACUAAAAGCUGAGAAUGACCAAAUUAUGACUGCAAAACAGGAAUUUAUUCGAGAUACUGACGCGCAGCUUGCCGCCAAUAAUGAGUUAUUACUGAGACUGCAAAUGCAAGCCGGAAUUCAACCAGAUCUCGAAGUACAAAAUAGGUUGGAAUAUUAUAAUUCUAUUUCAGAAGCUUGGCGAGAAGAUAUGAUAAAUUAUCAAGGUACUAAAUAUUAA